AACCAGGAGGAGACCGUGAAGUUGUGGUCAAACAGAGGAGUGAGGAGGAGCUGGGAACAGAGGAGUUGAAGGUGGGACUACUAACGGCUCAAGUUAAAGUCACAAAAUCCUGACGUUGUCGACUGCAGUCGUUGGAUUUUACAAACUAACCAAAGGAAACUGAUCCUUAUCAGCCAUGGCUGUUGAGGGGGGAAUGAAAUGUGUGAAGUAUCUACUCUUCUUUUUCAACUUCCUUUUCUGGAUAUGUGGCCUUGCCUUGAUUGUGGUGGGAAUCCUGGUCCAGGUGGCGCUGCACAAGACGCUCAUGAUCGAUGACGCCACAGCGUCAGGAGCUCCCAUCCUUCUCAUCGUCAUCGGCGUGGUGAUUUUCUUCAUUUCCUUCUUCGGCUGCUGCGGAGCCUGGAAGGAGAACUACUGCAUGGUGACGAUGUUUGCCAUCCUUCUGGGUCUGAUCAUCCUCGUUGAGUUUGCUGCAGCCAUCGCUGGAUAUAUCUUCAGAAACAAGAUCUCAGAUGUGGUGCAGGACAGCCUCACUGAGAUGAUCACCAAAUACAACUCCAGCUCAGAAGAAUUCAGGGACACCGUGGACAAGAUGCAGUUGGACUUGAAGUGCUGCGGCGUGAACAGCUCCUCCGACUGGAGAAACUUCAAGGACGACGGGAAAUCAGUGCCCGACUCCUGCUGUUUGAAACCCAGCCCCGGGUGUGGAGACAUGACCAUGACUGAUCCUGACAAAGUCUACCAGAAGGGUUGUCAUGACGCAGUGGAGGAGGCGCUGAAGAAAAACCUUCUGUGGGUGAUAGUGGCCGCCGUUGUCAUCGCCUUCCUUCAGAUUUCGGGCUUGGUUUUCGCCUGCUUGUUAAUGAGAGGCAUCCGCAGUGGCUACGAAGUCAUGUGAUCAGUCUUCAACCAACAAGGAGCGGGCUACACAGGGCAUGCUCGCCGCGAGCUAGCUUUAUUUAAGAUUGUUAAAUUAGCUCAUCGUGCAAUUCCAGUUAAACACAGAACAAUUUCUUUUUUCCCUCAUCAAAAACUUUUGGUUUGUAUUUUCAUAGUUGACUGAAUUCUAGGCUCUGCUAUUGUGUAUAUUUAGGAAUAAGAAUCGUUAGAGAAGACACGUUCACCUGGUUGGUUCGGAGGAAUUCUAAUUCUACUUCACUGCUCUGUCUGUUCCCGUCAUAGACUCUUAUAUAAAAAAUGACGUAGCUAUGACUUAGCUAUCUGCUCCGCAAUGACUUUUCUAAAAAUAAAUAUGUCAACAUUUAACAUUCAUUUUCCUCAACUGACCGUUAAAGUCUGAUCGUUUCAAAUUAAACUGCAUUUACACUCCGUUUACGUUCAGUGACGGGGUGGCGCCAAAUCACACCUUUUAUACCAAAUUAAAUACCUGUGCCUUUAACGAGAUGAAUACUUCCUGUCAGUUGAACCAGAUUCUACUGUAGCUUCAGGAUCUGCCUAUAUGCAGAUGAUGAAUUGAUUUGUUUUAGAAAAUCACAAAUGACUUUAAAUGUUUGGUGAACGUUACAUUAGAGUUAUUUGUUUUUAAUCAAGAUCACAGUUUUGACGUUAAUGUUUUUCUUUUUUAAGGUAAAUCAGAUUCUUAAGAAUUACCAGUUUGUUUGAUUUAAGAAGAGCUGAAAAGUGCCUUCUACUCCCACUGAGUUCUGUUCACGUGUUAUUCUUCUUCACUGAUAGCUGUGAACAUUUCUCAUUUACUGCAUGUACAUCUUUACUCUAGAGACUUUCUUGGCUUUACGAUAAUAAUUUGCUGUUGUUUCCUGUCGUUGAAUUACUCGUGACUUUGCUGUAAAUGUAGGAAAACAUGAAGCCAACGGCAAAUAAAUCCCAAUUGAUAUUUAA